CAUCUCAUCUGCGCCUGCCGCCUCCCGGUCCCACGCUGCUGCCCGCCCUCUCCGACCCCAGCUGAGAGGUAACGCGUCCCGGACUGAGCCCCUGUGGGUGUGGCCCGGGAUCGCUUGCACCCCGUCGCCCUGUCGCCGCACUUUGGUCGCCUCCCGCGCCCACCUCCUCAUUUCUGUCUCCUCCCUCAGUCCCUCUAAGUCCCUGCCCCCAGCUGUGGGACACUGAAAGCCCCAGGAACUAGUCACGAUGUCAGAGGCGGCGGGAAAUCUCAAUAGCCUCCGCUUGGCGAAUGUGGCCCUGCGAGAGGAAUUAAAUGCCCUUCGAGGAGAGAAUGCCCAUCUGGGCCUGCAGCUCGGAAGAGCCUUGGCUGAGGUUAAUUCCCUGCGGGGCAAUGUCUCGAGCUACGUUCGCUGGCCGAUACCCAUAGUGCCCGUCCUUGCCGAGGAGAACUUUGAAUUACUGAUCAGUGAGACCGAUCCCGCUCCCGAGGAGGAGGUGCCUUUCCUGUGCUGGCCUCCUCCUCGCACAGAUCCCGAGUAUGUCUCAGAUGAUCUUUUGAUUAACGUGGUCCAGGACUAUACCAACCCCGACGGGUCCGUUGAAAAUCCUGUGUCACCCAGCCUGUCCCAGUCGGAGCUGCACUCCCCCGCGUCAAAGGAGCCACCCCUACAGGCCCUUCUGCCACCGCUGGAGCGGCCAGACAUAGAACCCUUUUCAGGCGACCCAGUCUACCUGGCUGAAUUUCUGAUGCAGCUAGAGAGUUUCAUAGCAGAUCAUGAGGAUCACUUCCCUGGGGGCGCGGAACGGGUGGCCUUUCUGAUUUCUUUUUUCACAGGGGAAGCGAGAGACUGGGCUAUCUCAGUCACUCAGGAAGGAAGCUCCUUGCAUGCCAACUUCCCGCGCUUCCUGGAUGAAAUCCGUAAGGAAUUCUGUGGCCCCAUCCCCUCACGCGUAGCUAAAAAGGCCAUCCGUAAGCUCAAGCAGGGAGACUGUACUCUGGGCAGCUAUGUAGAUGCUUUUCAAUUCUUGGCCCAGUUCUUGUCUUGGGAUGACUCUCGCCUCCAAAACCAAUUCCUCAAAGGUUUGUCGGAUUUUUUCCGAAAGGAACUCUUAUGGUCAACUGAAAUGGCAGACCUGGAUGAGCUGAUUCUUGAGUGUAUGGAGAUAGAAAAGAAAGCGCGUGUCCCCAAGGCAGCCCCACUCCCUGGAGUUCAAAAUAGCGUCUACCAUUUUGUUCCAGUUCCUAAUGAGGAUGAAAAUGAAGGUGUGGAGUGCUACAGUGAGAAUGAGGAUGAGGGUGAAGAGGCAGGCGGGCACAGGAUUUAUUUGAUGGAUCAGAGGAAGCACAUGGAUGUUUUCUCACAAGAGCUGAGGGAGGAGGAGGAGGAGGAGAUGAUGAGGAAGGAGGAAGAAGAGAUGGAGGAUGAGGAAGAUGAGGAUGAUGAAGAUGAGUAUGAGUAUGAAGAUGAGGAUGAGGAGGAUGAGGAGGAGGAAGAGGAGGAAGAAGACAAGGAGGAGGAGGAGGAGAUGAGCAAGAAUGAGGAUGGUGGUGAAAAUAAGUACGAGGAGGAAGAUGAAAUUGAGGUUAGGGUCCUGGAGCCAGAAGAGGAGCAAGGGAGGGAAGAGAUCCAACAUGUGUAUUUGCACGACUACAUGCAUGUACACAUGCAUGCACUUGCUGCCCACCAUCAUGGCCUACAUGGAGAGCUGAUAGAGAUAGAAGAACCUGUCCUUGUUGACACUUCAACCCAGACCAUUAGCUCUGGGAUAGGCUACCAUGCUGAGAAUUACCUAAGCAUAUCACCUUCCAUACAUUCUAGCAGGCAGAGGAACCAGAAUCGAGUCCCACUUCUGGAGGGUCUUCCAGAUACCAAUGCUCCCUUCUACAGCUCUCCACCACUGAUUCGCCAUGCCAGUCGUUUGGGGCAACGCCAAAUGCGAAGACGUCCCUCAGUGCUAUUCUGCCUCAGUCCUAGACAGGGGGGCCACCGAGCUCAAGGCCGAAUUCGAGUGUGAAUGCUGGGGUGAGUUGGCCACGGGGAACACACCCUUCUACUACAUCCCUUGCCUUUGCUAUUGCUGCUGUAUCUGCCCCAUCUACUGACCAGUCCUUAAGAAAGCGCUCCAGGCCUGAAGAACUCAAAGAACACCUGCAGAAUUGCAGACUGGCUUGCAGCCACAACCAGAGAGUGAAAUGUGCCCAACCAAGGCUAACUAGGGAAGGAGAGGUCAGUAGUCACUGUCCUCUUGCCAGGUAUUCUGCUCAGUUCUAACACAAGAUGGAGAGCAAGUUUCUGGGCCUGUUCUUGUAAAUGCACUGGUCACUUGUGUCUUCUCCUCUAGUUGUCCCCAGUCUUUGCCUCUCCUGUGUUUCUUUGCCCUGUGUCCUACGGUUUUAUCCUGACUGGCUCAACAGGACUUCACCCAAUGCCUCAGUGAUCUGCCCCCAGUGAUCUGAAGGACAGGUUCCAUUAAACUCUGAUGCCACUGAGGCCACUUACUAGACAAUGAACAGGAUGGCACCAAGAAAUAUAUACUUGCCCUAUGUCCAGCAGAAGGACCUGAAAGGGGAACCUAUACCUAGUGCAGUGAGAAUAUGCAAAGUCAUGCGUGCAAUGGACAGCUUGACUCGAGAUUUACUCUCUUUGGCUGAUGGUGGCAAACUGACUUCACUUUCAGUACUGGAUUUACCUUCCCUCAGACUCCUGCACCAGGACCCUUUAGCAGGCUUGGCCCUUCUUCCCUUAAAGGACUGGUAUUAAGGGGAGGGGGAGGCAGAGCUGGCAGCAGCAUCACAGCUCAGUUUGACAUCCUAAGGAGUGAACAGGGCCCUUUUUUGCCCAGCUAGGCUUUGGCCUGCAGCUCCAGCUAGAGGCCUCUGAGGAGACUGUAUCCUCAAGGUGGUGGAGGUGGCCUUGCUGGCCUACUCUUUAAGCUUCUCUGACUCUAAGGAAUCUUCAGUUCUGAAAGAAGAAGACAGGGCCAGCUCUCCAGAGACUGCACCCAUGAAGCAGUGCUGCCCAACACCUCCACGGCCCUCCAGGCCUGGUGCCAGCAUGGCUUAAGCCAUGACUGCCUCCUACACAUUCCAGGGCCUUUGUGGGCACAAAUUCAGGUGCCCUUAGAAAGAGACCUGCUGUCCAGUUUGGGUCCAGAAAAUACUGUGGCUGGAGUGAAAACUACACAUGUAAUAUGUCAGUUCUGGCCACAAAAUGGCAGCCCAAUUCACUGCUGGUCCAACCUGACCCUGGACACUGAACUUGCUGCACAGUGCCUAGCAGCUGAGCAAGUUCAGCCCCUGGGGUCUGACCAGCAGGAAACUGCAAAUAGAGUAUGUUCCUCAUUGGAAUCUGAAGAUGAGGACCCAGCUCUCCAGAAUUUGAAGCAAAGACCAGAGGAAGGAACCCAAGGAAGAGGAAUCCCAGACAGACCUAGUCCUCAGACUGGUUUAGGGUGAGAUCUCUGUUCAUCAGCAAGAGCUUCUUUCCUCAGGUGAGGGUUCCAGAAGGAAAAGCGCCAUUCUUCGAAGCUACGGACCCUGUCUGCUGAUGUCAACAUGCUGGUCAUGCUGUCUGUGUGCUUGUGGAGAACUGCAAAGGGCAGGUGUCCUGUACCUCACAUUCCAGAGACCUCCUUGGCACAGGCCUUGCUUGACCCUGUGGUGCUUCUUACUCUGAUCAUGUGUAGCCUCAGCCAGGGAGAGCACACUUGAGCAGUAAACUGGUUUGUAGGCCUCUGGGGGCAGAGGGGGCUUGGACUUCCUUUGACCUUUUCCCUUCUUUCCCAGAUCUUCAAUAUUUUUUGUGAUGUGACAGCUACAGGAGCUGUCCGAAGCUUUGAGUGCCUCCUUGGGUUGGGGUGGGGGGUGGGGGGAUGCAUGCUGGGUAUAAGGGUAGCUCAAGAAUACCUGGAGACUUGGGAGAAACAAAUAUGUUACUGUCGUGACUGUUACUGUUGCAUUAUUGUGUUGUGAAGAUAAAUUGUUCUGUACGCUAAAGCUUUCUCUCCUCAAUAAAAAAAAAGGGUGUGUAAA